CAUGGUGCCAAAGGGGACAACAACUAUGAAUUUGAGAUCGAGUUCCUAGAGCCAGUCGAACCUAAACCUGUAUGCAGGGUGACCCAGAGGCAGCUGAACAUCACUGUGCAGAAGAAGGAGAGUAACUGGUGGGAGAGACUGACCAAGCAGGAGAAGCGUCCGCUGUUUCUGGCUCCUGACUUCGACCGCUGGUUAGAUGAGUCAGAUGCUGAAAUGGAGCUGAGGGAGAAGGAAGAAGAAAAGAUUAACAAAAUGAAAAUAGAAUCCAGAGUCCCCAAAGACCCCUUCAAACACCUGAAGAAGGGAUACUUAAUCAUGUAUAACCUUGUACAGUUUUUGGGAUUCUCAUGGAUUUUUGUGAACAUGACAGUACGACUGUUCAUCUUGGGAAAAGAUUCCUUUUAUGACACAUUUCACACUAUUGCUGAUAUGAUGUAUUUCUGUCAGACCUUGGCACUAAUGGAGAUCAUGAAUUCACUAAUAGGACUGGUCAGAUCACCUCUGAUUCCUUCUGUAGUACAGAUAUUUGGGAGGAACUUCGUUUUGUUUGUUAUCCUUGGAAGCUUGGAGGAAAUGCAGAGCAAACCUGUGGUGUUCUUCAUAUUUUAUUUCUGGAGCAUCACUGAGCUGUUCAGGUAUCCCUAUUACAUGCUUUCAUGCAUUGGAAUUGAAUGGAAACCACUAACUUGGCUCCGUUACACUGUCUGGAUCCCUCUGUACCCCUUGGGAGGCUUGGCAGAAGCUGUCUGUAUUGUUCAAUCCAUUCCAAUCUUCAGUGAAACAGGGAAAUUCAGUCUGGGGUUGCCAAAUCCACUGAAUGUCACAAUCCAGUUUUCAUUUGUGCUUCAACUAUAUCUUAUAGCCUUGUUUUUGGGGAUAUUCGUAAACUUUCGACACCUCUACAAGCAAAGGAAACAGCACCUUGGACCAAAGAAGAGGAAGAUGAAGUGAAGGAGGACUGCAAUGCUUUCUUAUCUCACUUAGUGACAAGAUAAGCCUAUAAUUCUUAUGGUUUUACCCACUGUAAUGUAAAGUAUUUUGUAAAAUGAAAUGACCACCCUAGAUCUCAUGAUUUCAUAGUGAGUUCAGGUACAUUCCCACAUAUUGGAUUUUGUUCCCUUUCAAUCACCUUUGCAUGGCAUUACCACUGAGCAUUUAAACUUGUAUCCUGCCAAGCAGCAUAUUAGAGAGAAAUCAUGUUAUCUGCAUAUGAUAAUGCUUAUAAUCAGUGGAGCAGCACCAAAUAGAAAUAGUGUUUAUCUUUUCAUUGGAGAUUUGCUAGUGCAUGCAGAUAGGGCUUCUGGUGUGGGAUAUACCCGUCGCUGGCCCUGCUGCUCCUGGGGUGCAUCGAUGGCAGGAGGAGCACAGUCUGAGGCCACUGUGAACAGUGGGUGUUUAUCAGCCCUUGGGGUACACUUGCUCAGCACAUCCCCUCCCUUUUCUUCUGCAGCAUCUUGGUGCUGCAGAAUUAAAACUGGAAGUAGCUAAUGCUGCUUUAAAUGCUACCAAGUUACUCUGUUUCUAGUUUAGCCUUAAUGGAAUAGGAGUGCUGUGUGGACCUAUCAACAUGUGUAUUCCUGUAGCAACACAUCCUACCCAGUCAUUAGGGAA